AAUAAAGAGUCUGUUAAACAGAUAUAUUACCCAAGACACAUCUUCAGACGAGGCUUCUGUUGUUAUGGCUGGUCUAAGAUAAAGAAAGUCACAUCAAUCAAAUAGUCCAUCUCUCUGGCUCUGGUGUUGUAGAGUAUACUUCAGAUUUCAGUGAUGGUUAUAAGGAACAAAUUCUCAGUUUUGGGACCAGACACCCAAGAGGAAAGGCUCAGAGGACCUGGGAAAUUCUUAUUGGAGAUUGCCAUAUCAGUUAUGGAUGUUAAAAUGCAUGGUUUGUGUGUUGAUGCUGCUAUCAUUGGCAUAAUGACUCCUCCAUUAGCAGAGCUCCAGAAAACUGAGACGAUGGUAGAAGAUGUUAAGAUCACGCAGCUCUGAUCUUGUUUCUCUUUGUACUUCAGUAACAUCAUAAUCACUUUGUUUAACAACUUCAAUUUACUGUAAGUUCUAUUUGUGGUGUUUCUCUCAUUUUUCAACUAGCUACAUUUCCUGUUAUAGUUUCCUGCUUUUCCUUCAGAUUUUGUUAUGUAUACUCACCAAUGCUUUUGUAAUUAUGGGCUUUGAUUAACAAAUAGAGAGUCCUCAUCAUUAUGAGAUAUGGUUAAACUGUGACAGAGAUAAGGAAAGUAGUUUAGGCAAGUCUUAUGUAUUUCUGUUGUAUUCCUGCAUCCAAGGUCCUGUUAUGCAUUGUUUUGUAUUUGUUAUGGCCGCUGUUGCAUUUUGAAUUUUAUAUGCCACUAGCGUAUCAGAUUAGUGAUUCUCCUUCUACUCUUCUGAAGCCUUACAUUUGUUUAAUUCUAAAGCCUCUUGAAUGUCAUUGAUGUCAUUGCAGCUUCACCUUUGACAUGUUUGAAGGAUCACCCUGGAAAGGGUGAAAAACUCACCUUAUCCCUCAGUGGCACAUUUUCUUUUUCUGUGUGGAUGGAGUUGUUGGCUGCAACAACCGAUACACUUGGUUGUGUAUUGCUCUUAGACACUCAAGUCACUUCUUGUGGUGCAACUGUGAAAGGUUUGUUUAGUCUCGUUAAUUUUGAAUAUAUUUUUAAAAGCUGGAGCACUCUUUCUGAACAAUGGAUUUUGCUUACUGUUUCCGGAAUAUAGUGAUGCAAACUGCUUGUUCAUGGAGUUGUUAAUCAGUAGAGAUUGCCCAUGUCAAGUUCCUCUUACUAUUAACCAACAGAGUGACUAUUGCCUCCAUCCAGCUAGUCAUGCACGGAUGCUUCUUGGAAAGGAAUUCUUGAGGUAUGCUUAAAUCUUUCAGAU